AUGUCGGACUAUUACAACACCAACCCGUAUCCUCCUCCGCCAGGAAGCGGGCACAACCAGUACCCGCCGCCUCCGCGAUCACAAUACGAGGGCAGCCAGGGCUACACUGCUCCACAGUCUUCCUAUGGAGAGUAUCAGCCUCCACGUGAAGAUCAGUACCGAUCCCCCCGCUCCUCUGGCAUGCAAGUAGGCCAGUAUGCUGGCGAGUACGAUUACAACCGUGAACGUCGCAACUCAGGGCCCCUUGCUGCCAGUCAAUACCGUGGUGACGGCUCGUCAUACUAUGCCCCCCCAUCUUCCGGGUAUGACGAUCGCUACGCCGACCGUCCCAGCUCCCGAGGCUCAAGACGGGAAAAAGAAAGAGAAAAGUCAAGAGAAAGGGGAGAGAAACAUCACGGCGGACACGAGGCCGAGAAGAAUAUAGGCGCAACUCUCCUUGGUGGCGCCGUUGGCGGAUGGGCUGGUCAUGAAUUGGGUCACAGCAACAGUCUCAUCACCGUUGCCGGAGCGCUUGCAGGUGCAUAUGCCGGCCACAAGCUCGAGUCUAAGCAUGAGAAGGACAAGCACAAGAAGAAAGAACGCCGGGAAGGCGAGGCUUAUAGCGAAUACUAUGACGACUACGAUGGCCGCCGAAGCCGCUCCGUCUCCCGUUCUCGCAGGAGGUCAGGUAGCAGGAGAAGUAUAAGCAGUAGCAGCAGUGAUAGCGACAGCAGCAGGCGCAGACACCGUCACCAUCACUGA